AUGUCCGCAUUCACACCCUCAGACCCAGAUCACGACUAUUCCUACGCCGAGGUCGACCCCGCGGAAACCACCACCCCUCCGAUCCCCCAAGGUCAAUCAAUGGACACCUCCACAGACGCCACGCACACGCGGGGCCACUCGAACAACCCGCUUCUGGGGUCCGAUAAUCCCCUCGUCUCAGAUCUGGAGCAGGAGGUACUGGAAGAAUAUGCGCGAUUGCUGCGGAAUGUGAACCAGCUGUCCGACAAACUCGCCGACCUCGCUGGUGAUCCCGCCUCCAUGCCGCUCGAUGGCCUCCGUCUCCUUGAACGAAAGACUGCGACCGUGUGCACCUUGCUCAAGGCUAGUGUGUAUAGCAUUGUCUUGCAGCAGCAGAUCUGGAAUGAGAAUGAAGAGCAGCAGCAGCAACAGCAGGACCAGGGCGACUACCUGCAGGGGUAUGAGGGUGAGGGGGAUAUCACGUUUCAAUGA